AUGGUGAAACAGCGCAUGACGGCGCUUGAUGUUCGCGCUUCUGUGGAGGAAAUGCGGACUGAGCUUCAGGGUCUCCGGUUGACGAACGUAUAUGACAUUCCCCCAAGGACCUUUCUGUUUAAAUUUGGAAAUAGCGAGAAGAAAAGGACUUUACUUCUGGAGAACGGUGUGCGGCUGCACUUAACUCAGUUGGUGCGCGAGAAGCCAAAAGUGCCCACGCAGUUCACACUAAGGUUGCGAAAGCAUGUACGUGCAUGGCGGCUUGAUUCUGUGACGCAACUUCAACACGACAGAACGGUGGACUUUCGCUUCGGUGUAGCGGAGGGUGCGUCGUAUCACAUAAUUGUGGAGCUCUUUUCAAAGGGUAACAUUGUACUAACAGACCACGAGUACCGCAUAAUGCUCUUACUUCGUGCACAUAAGGACGACGGGGUCAACAUGUUUGUGCGUGAAUUAUACCCUGUGACAAAGUCAUUUGAACAGCAACAGGAGGAAGAGUGCCAGCAGCUCACUGAAGGGGCGCAACGUGUUGAAGCACUGCGACGAGAAUGGGGCGCAGUGUUUACUCGGCAUGCGGAAUACGAGACAACGCGAUCAACACUCUCUGCCACACAUCACUUUGGUCCGUCACUCGCCGAUCAUAUUUUGACAGUUACUGGCGUGAAGAGCGUGAAGAAAGCUAACAUGACGUGCAGCGGGGACGAAAUGUUCGAAAAGCUGCUUCCUGGAAUGUUAGAAGCCUGGCGCUUCGCCUUCUCUCCUUUGCCCACAGGUGGCUACCUGAUCAGCAAAACCGCGGCCACCAAGGGUCGAGGGACUCAAGAGCGGGGGAAGGCGCCACCGCAUGUAGAUGCGGGUGUCGGUACAACGGCUGACGGCGGAGAGGCGGGUAGUGGGGUGGAGAAGCAGCCUCGGCCGCACCUUCAGGGAGUGCAGUACGAGGACUUCAGUCCUGUUUUGCUCGCGCAGUAUCGUGGGGAUGCCGUUUCGGCGUCCUACCUCCCAAGCUUUGGCAGUGUAUGUGAUGCUUUCUUCCUAUACACCGAGAAGGAGAAGAUUGAACAGCAUAAUGACAGAGCGACAACCUGCGUACUUUCCAAGAAGGAGAAAUUCGAGCGCGACCACAACCGUCGCAUCGCCGCCCUCGAGCGCUCCGAGGAGGAGAACACCCGUAAGGGCGAACUCAUCAUCCAGAACGCUGAAAAGAUUGACGAGGCAAUUGGUCUAAUUAAUGGCGCACUAGCUGCUGGAAUUCAGUGGGAGGCGCUGCGGCGUUUACUGAAGCAGCGACACGCCGAGGGCCAUCCAGUGGCCUACAUGGUGCACGAACUCUUCCUUGACCGCAACAGCAUAUCUGUGCUUGUGGAAGAAAAUGAUGAGGAUGUCGAAUGUUAUGAGGACGAAGAAAGUAAAGUGAAAGUGGGGGGAAAGGGCGAGAAUCACCGGUAUGGUGGAAACAGCGGUGAAAAAAAGGACAGGGUAGAGGGCUGCAGUCGGACCCCAUCUGUGAUUGAGGUUGAUUUGAGCAAAACCGCCUAUGCAAAUGCCGCCUCCUACUUUACGCAGAAAAAAGCUAAUCGCGCCAAGCUCGAAAAAACUAUUGCCGCUACCGCCAAAGCGGCGGCAGGAGCAGAAAAAAAGGGCGAGAGAUUGGCUGCGAAGAAACAGACGAAGAAAGCUAUCGCAACAGAGCGACACCGUUGUUGGUGGGAAAAAUUUAAUUGGUUCCGUACAUCGUGUGGGGAUUUGGUGCUACAAGGGCACGAUACACAGUCGACUGAGUUGUUGGUACGUCGUAUCAUGCGCCUUGGUGACGUCUUUGUGCAUAGCGAUGUGGAGGGAGGGUUGCCGUGCAUCCUGAGAGCCGCGGGUUCAGCGUGGGAUGCCUCCACCGCUUUCGGGGAAGGUGAAUCUGAGGAAAACAGCAUUCAGGUAGGUGAGUCCACCAAAGGGUGGCUGAUCCAUAUGAUAAGCCUCGAUGAGGCUGCUGCAUGGUGCGUUUGCCGAAGCUCAGCGUGGGAGAGUAAGUUCAGUGUCGGCGCGUGGUGGGUGCAUGCUUCACAAAUUGUUGGAGGUACCGCCGCGGGGUGUUACUUGCUCAGCGGAGAGAAGAAUUAUUUGAGGCCUCGGCCCUUGAUGUUAGGGUGCGGGCUGCUCUUCCGCAUUUCUUCGCGCGCUAUUGAUCCCCGCGAGCGUGAAGAGCUGCCGAAUUACGUCCCAGAUGGCCCUCGUCAACCACAUGGUGUCAGCCACCAUUCAAGCGAGGGUGACAAGAACAUGGCCUUAGGGCGUGAUGAUAACUGCUUCCUUGAACGCGACGCCGCUACGGCUCUGCGGCCACUUCCUCAACUUCAGGCAAAUCGACGGCAUCGGCAAAACACACAUCAGCAGCAGCACAGCACGGCAUGUAGCGUUGUGACGAAGGGCUCGCAGCCGCUCGCUGAAAAUGCUGCAAGCCCUUCAGUGGCUGCAGCUCCUGCUCGCGGAACGGGAGUUUGUGGUGUGAAGGGGGCCGCCGCUGUUCAAACAAAGGCGCAGCAGCUGACGAAGCACCAGCGGAAGAAGUUAAAAAAGAUCCAGCAGAAGUACAAGGAUCAGGAUGAUGAGGAUCGUUUAACCGGUGCACUCCUAAACGGUAACCAACUUUCAAAGGUGCAGUUGGAGCUGCUCGCAAGUGAGAGGGCCAAGCAGACUAAUGAAAUUGUAAGAACAUCACCAGCAGGGAGCUCUUCCGCUGCUGGUGAGGCAGGAGAACGCUGUGGCGGUGAAGCUUGGGGCGAGGAGUGUGUGGGGGAGGUGCGGGGGCGGGCUCCUGCUAAAGGUGGAGAUGCCGGACAUUUGCUUGCCGCGUCUCCUUCAUGCGGAAGUGACGGUCCAGCUGACAAUGAGCGUACACCGCGUGAAGAUAAUGAGCCGAGCACCGGCGAACCCCAGCCACGGUCUCGUGCUAUUGAUUCAACGGCUGCGAGUUUGGAAGCCACGCGUGCAGCGAACGAUGCGGAGUUUAAUCGUGAAUGGAUUCAUUUUACGGCGAAGCCCCAGCCUGGAGACUGUGUGGAGUAUGCGGUUGCCGUUUGUGCGCCGAUGGGUUCCGUCAUCUCGUACAAGUACCGGGCUGAGCUCUCAUGUGGGAAUGCUAAGAAGGGCCAGGUGGCUCUUAGUUUGAUUGAACACUUCACUGCGAUGGCUCUGAAUGUCGAUAACGCCUCAGAGGUACACGCCCUACGGUCACUGGAAAUGAAUGAUGUCAUAGGGCAACUCCGAGGUAAUUUGAAGCGGAUCAGCACUGGCCUUCGCAAAUAG